AUGCAGACAUUAAAUGAUUAUGAAAUAAUAGAAAAAUUGGGUUCUGGUUCAUAUGGGGAUGUAAUGUUGGCGAAAUAGAAAGAGAAUGGAUAAUUAGUUGCAAUUAAAACUUUAGAGAAAAGAUUAUUAAUAAAGGUGAGCUAAUUUGUUUAUAAAAAGGAAAAAAAAUAAUAUUAGGUUUUUAUUGAAAAAGAAGUGUUAACAUAAGUGAAGCAUCCUGGAUUGAUAAAUUUAAUUGCUAGUUUUUAGAGUUCAUCAUAAAUUUAUUUGGUGCUUGAAUUUGUAGAGGGAGGAGAUUUUGCAAAUUUUCUGAAAAUUAAUAGUAAAAAUGCAGUUUAUUAUGUUAGAAAAUAUUUCUUAAUAAAAUAUAGUUUUUUAUUCAGCAGAGAUUGUCAGCAUAUUGGAAUAGUUACAUUCACAUGGUAUAGCUCAUAGGGACGUGAAGGUAAUAAGUUUAUAAUGAUAAAAAGCCAGAAAACAUCAUGGUAGCAAAUAAUUUACAUAUAAAAAUGAUUGACUUUGGAACAGCAAAUUUUUUUGAUGAGAGAGGGUUACCAGAGAGUGUAAGAGACAAAUUAAAUGAAUUACGCGAAGUGAGUUAAUAAGAUGAAAGAUUCAUGGAUGAAAUUGAUUAAUAUUAAUAAAAACACAAAGCAACAUUUGUAGGGACAGCUGAAUAUGUAUCACCAGAAUUAUUAGAGGAUGAUGUAUGUGGUCCUUAAGCAGAUUUAUGGGCAUUGGGGUGCAUAAUUUACAAAAUGUUUACAGGAAUAACUCCUUUUUGUGAUUAGACAGAAUAUUUAGUAUUUUAGAAGGUCAGAGCUUGUCAGUAUUAGAAGAAUAAUAAAAUUCCUUAAGAAGCAAUGGAUUUGAUAAGUAAAUUAUUAGUAAGAGAUCCGUUGAGCAGAUUGGGAGGAGGAUUGCCUAGUAUAAUUUAUUUAUAUUAAGAUUCAAAGAAUACUUAUAGAGAACUAAAAAGCCAUCCUUUCUUUAAAGAGAUAAAUUGGGAUUAAUUGUGGAGUAGAAAGGGACCAGAUGAUGUGUAAAUACAUUUGAAGAAGUAGAGUUAAAAAUAGGAAUUAUAGUUAAAAAAAUAAAGUUCAGCUUUAAAGCCAGAAGUUGUAUUAACUGGAUUAGUGAAUAAGAAGACUGGUUAGUGAGAUGAAUAUUAUAGGUUGGAUGAUUUAUAAGUUACGUAAUAUGAUUUUGUAUGAUUACGAGAUUCCAAAAUUGGAAUAUUUUGAUCCAAAUACAGGAAUGAAGAAAGUAAGUAAAGAAUUUAUGAUUAAAAGGGAUAAAUUAUAUUGGAUAAGAAUGUGAUAAUAGAAUUACUAAAAGGGCAAUUCAAUAUUGAUGUGCCUAAUAAAAAAAAAUAUUACUUUAAAGUAUAACUGUUAUUAAGUUAGGAAUGUGAACAUCCAGCAUAAUUAUGGGUUGAUAAGAUUAAAGAUAUUAUGAAGAAAAGACUUAAUUAUGAAUGA